AUGGCGUCUAGCUCCGAACAGGUCCCUCACACUCAUGACCAUCCACACCCACCAGUGCCACAAGAUGGUUGGAAGACCGAAGGCGUGCGAGUGAUCCCGGCCGACUCACUCGACGGCAAUACAGCUCAGACGCCAGGAAUGGAUCGUAAAGCAGCCAUCAACUUCGCCAGAGUAGGAGCUCAGAAACUAUGGGCUGGAACAGUCCACAUUCAUCCCGACGCCAAAACUGGAGCUCAUCAUCACGGUCACCUCGAAUCAGUAAUAUACGUGCUUAAAGGCAAAGCCCGCAUGCGGUGGGGCGAGAAGCUGGAAWUCACUGCYGAAGCUGGACCAGGAGACUUCAUCUAUGUACCGCCCUAUGUACCCCAUCAGGAGAUCAAUGCCAGCGCCGACGAGAAGUUGGAGUGUGUGUUGAUGCGAAGCGAUAGUGAGGCUGUGGCAGUGAAUCUUCCGGACUUGGAACCGAUUGAGAAGCCUACAACAGUCAAGUGGAUUGAUCCUACGCAUGUGGAUUAA